AUUAACAGCGGUGGACUACAAGUCCCGAGCAGCGCACUGUUGCCUUCCGGGGAAUGACAAGCCCAGGGAGACUGAGAAAAGGUCGAUGUUCUCUUUAGUUGUUCACUCUGCAAGCUUUCUCCAUGCGCAACAACAUGCUAGGCACGAUGACGAAAUUUCGUUUGGCACUUAUUCAGCUCAUGGUGUCACCUCUGAAAGCCAAUAACCUCAAUAGAAUUGGAACAUUAGUAAAAGAAGCAGCUUCGAGGGGUGCAAAGAUUGUCUCACUGCCUGAAUGUUUCAAUUCUCCCUAUGGAACAAAGUACUUCCGUGAGAAUGCAGAGAGAAUCCCAGGAGAAUCGACCGAAGUGUUAUCUGAAACAGCAAAGGAGUUUGGGGUUUAUCUUAUUGGAGGGUCUAUCCCAGAGAAAGAUAAUGGCAAGAUUUACAACUCAUGCACAGUGUUUGCACCCGACGGAUCCAUGUUGCUGAAAUACCGCAAGAUUCAUUUGUUUGAUAUUGAUGUUCCCGGAAAAAUCACUUUCCAGGAAUCUGAGACGCUUUCUCCUGGUAACCAAUUAUGCACCUUUGAUACACCUUACUGCAAAGUGGGGAUUGGGAUCUGUUAUGAUUUGAGGUUUGCAGAACUUGCUCAGAUUUACACCCAAAAAGGCUGCCAGCUUCUGGUCUAUCCAGCAGCAUUCAACAUGACAACAGGCCCAGCCCAUUGGGAACUCCUACAAAAGGCAAGGGCUGUUGAUAACCAGGUGUAUGUAGCAACAGUAUCCCCUGCACGAAAUGACAAAAGUUCCUAUGUGGCCUGGGGUCAUACCACUGUAGUAAACCCAUGGGGUGAAGUUGUGGCCAAGGCUGGUUCUGAAGAGACCAUCAUAUAUGCAGAUAUAGAUUUGAAAUAUCUUUCGGACAUUCGGCAGCAGAUACCAGUUCUCAAGCAGAAACGACAUGACCUCUACACAGUGCAGGCAGUUCAAGACUGCAAACCCUGAGUCUUUGUCAAAAUUAGGAUUUGGAAACAAUGCACCUUCCAAUCAACUCAAUUUGUGUGUAGGCAUUAAACCCACCUUGAUUUGAAAUUGUACACACACUGCAGUUUUUCUGUGAAUAGAAUUUUGUAUAAGGAGUGGGUUGUAAUGUGAUCAGUUUUAAUUAACAUAACCUCCCCCUUCUCUCCCCCCCCCCCCCCGUGAUUUAAGAUGAUUUUAUACGAAUCCCAAGUUUGUAUGGUCAUAUAUCUUGUAACUAAUACAUUUUGCAUAAAAUUAGAAUUAUGCCAUUGCAGAUAGACUGGCGUUAUUACAUUAAUCAAUGUUCCUGAGAACAUAAUUUGAAUACUGAAGAUCAAUAUCAUUAAAAAUAUAAUUCAUAUUCAUGCCUUCAUGAUAAAGUAUUUUGUAAUAUUGUAA